CUAUUGCAACCAAGACUGCUCUGCCACCUGUUGGAUUGUCGGGCGGGAAGAAGGGCUGAACUGCAACAGAUAGGCAAUGAACAGCUGGCAUGGCUCUUCCACGGUGACGUCAUCCAGGUAGACCGAGGCCUUGCGCUGAGCGCGAGGGAGUUUGCGGACAUUGGAAUCGUCGUAAGGCAUGCACCCAGUGACCAUGACAUACAGAAUCACACCCAGGCUCCACACGUCAUAUUUCUUGGGAUCGUAUGGAACUCCAAGCAGUACCUCGGGUGCGGCGUAGGCCGCGGAACCACAGCUGCCAAAAGAUGAACCACAGCUCGACUGAACCGGCGGAGACCAUCGAGCUACUGCGGUAUCUCAGUAAAGUGGAGACAGCAGCCAUUGAGACAGAGCUGCUGAGGGACUACAGGUUUGGCCAGCAGCAGCUGAUAGAGAUCUGGGGGCAUGCCUGUGCCAUCGCCAUCACCAAGGCCUUUCCUCUAACCUCCCUGGGUAAGAAGCAGCCAACAGUGUUGGUAGUCUGUGGUCCUGACCAGAACGGCUCCAUCGGCCUGGUGUGUGCCCGCCACUUGCGCAUAUUUGAGUAUGAGCCAACCAUCUACUAUCCCAAACGUACCCCUCACACCAUUCAACAGGACUUCACAGUUCAGUGUGAAAAGAUGGAUAUCCCAUUCCUCUCCUAUCUCCCAACAGAGGUGCAGUUGAUUAACGAUGCCUAUAACCUGGUGAUCGAUGCCAUCCUGGGGCCAGAGACUGACCACACAGAUGUGAAGGAGCCCUACGCUGGCAUCCUAGUCACUCUGAAGCAGGUCAAGAUCCCCAUCGUAAGUUUGGACAUACCCUCAGGUUGGGAUGUUGACCAGGUGACCUCAGAUGGGAUCAACCCAGACGUCCUGAUCUCGCUUAUGGCACCAAAGAGAUGUGCCACCAGUUUCUCAGGGAAGCACUACUUGGCGGGACGCUUCCUGCCUUAUGACAUCCAGAAGAAAUACGAUCUGAACCUGCCAGAAUAUCCAGGCAUAGACUGUGUUAUAGAAUUGUAAAAUCUUCUGUACACACUCACCAGUCAUCAUUUUGGAUAAAUAUGGAUAAUAUAUUCACGUUUUGUAUUUUAUAGAUUGUUACUGUGCUUUACCGUUCAUGUGCUAUCUCUCCAAUGGGUGUAGACUAGAGCAGGUUUAGUCUUACCCAGAAUUCACUCUGUUUGCUCAAAUACAAUAGAAAAAUGGUAUAGAAUCUGUGGGAGGUCUGAGUUGUAUGUUUCCAUGUGAGUUUUCAUGUGAGUUACCAAGUGAGUUACCAAGUGAGUUUUCAUGUGAGUUACCAAGUGAGUUACCAAGUGAGUUGCGUCAUUCUCAUUUUUGUGAUUGCUUCUUUGCAAAGUUCUGAGAUGAUCUUUCUCCUUCAGCAAAAAACUAUGAAUGUUGUGCGGAAGAGGUGUUUUGUACCUUCGAGUCACUGCUUUUUGUUAUGUAUUAUUAUGUUUUGAGUUCUGUUUUUCUUAUUGAAGAAUGCUUGGAUUUUGGGUCAUACUACUUUCUAGCAGCUGCAUAUUUUAAAAAAUAUAAUUCAGUCUACACUGCUGCAUUUCCUUAGUCCAAGUAACACCUGUUCGUUGCUUUGCAGCUACAGAGUUAACUCUUUGUCCAAUAAAAUAUCUCAUUUAACAAUU